AUGUUAUUUGGGAGAUUGUUUAUGGGAGUACAAUUUAAUUAUAGAAAACAAGAAAUCAUCAAAAUUUAAUAUUCAAUUUAAUAAUUAAAUUAGAAUUAACUUUAUUAAAGUGAAAAUUUGAUUAUCUCAUAAUAUUUAAUCAUUACAGCUUGUUUUAAAGGUCAUCAAUUAUCAACAGUAUAUAAUAUUUGAUUAUAAUAGGCUACAUUGAAUUCUUAUUUCUCACCAAUGAUUUAUGAUUAUACAGGAAGUAUUACAAAUCCAUUAUUCACAAGUGUAUUUGCUUGCAUCUUUUCAUUAAUAUGUGUAAUUUUACUUUUGCUUUUUAAAUAUUUAAACAUUUUUCAAAUUAUUUAAGUUUCUCAUUAUCUAUUUUAUUUAAAUUUUAAAAAACAAUCCACAAAGUUUAGACAAUCUACUGUAAAUCAAGAGAAUUAAUAUUAUAAUAAGAAAUAUAAGAAAAAUCUACUGUCUCUAGUAUUGACGAAUCACAUGAAACUUUAAAUGAUAAUUAAUAAACCACAUAAAAUAGUUUUACCUUCAUAAAGAGCUAGGUUGUAAGAAAUUAGAGAAUUUCCAGUCUUAUAUUGGUCUUUAACUGCAAUUUGUACGCUAUGUCUUGGAAUAUAUAUAACCUUUAUGGAUGAUGCUAGCGAUUAUUAUUAUAAGAAGAAAUUUUAAUUUAAAGCUAUUGAAGCUGGAAAAUUUAUAACGAUUCCAUAUAUUUUUAGUGCUUUAUAUAUGUCUAUUUAUUGGUUAGUAUAUUGA